CGACCGACCACCAAGACAGCAUGGGCGUGACCAAGGAGAUCCUCUCGGAAGGCAACGGGCCGACCCCCACCAAGGGCGCGUCCGUGACGGUGCACUGCACGGGCUACGGCAAGGACCGCGACCUGCAGCAGAAGUUCUGGAGCACGAAGGACCCGGGCCAGACGCCCUUCACCUUCAGCGUGGGCCUGGGCCAAGUGAUCAAGGGCUGGGACGAAGGCGUGCUCGGCAUGAAGCUCGGAGAGACGGCGCGACUCACCUGCACGCCGGACUACGCGUACGGUGCCGGCGGCUUCCCGGCCUGGGGAAUUCAGCCGAACUCAACGCUGAUUUUCGAGAUCGAGGUGCUCAAGCUCAACUAAGCAGGAAGGGGUGGGUCCUACCUAUUAAUCGCUGUCAAAAGGUUUUCAAGCUUCGUAAAAUAGGCGCCAAGCUGAGCGAUGGAGACAAGUGUGCAAGAGAGUCCACGAAGAGAGAAAUGCACUGCAUAUUUUGCGAUG